UAGAAAAACGCGGAUUGUGCGUUCAUUCCUCAGUUCAAGAUGGCGGACACAGAAGUAUCGUCGGCGAAGAAGAAAAAGAAGGUCAAGAAAGUCAGUGAAGAGGAUGUCGGGGAGAUCCAGCAGAUCGGAGACUUCUUCAUCCAGCCCGAGUCUAAAGUGCCCACAUUGGACACGUCACAGUGGCCUCUGUUACUAAAGAAUUUUGAUAAGCUGAACAUCCGCACGGCUCAUUACACGCCACUACCGAACGGCAGCAACCCGCUGAAGAGAAACAUCAACGAUUAUGUCAGGUCUGGCUUCAUCAACCUGGACAAACCGGCGAACCCGUCGUCUCACGAGGUGGUGGCGUGGAUCAGGAGGAUCCUGCGGGUGGAGAAGACGGGUCACAGCGGGACACUUGACCCCAAGGUCACAGGUUGUCUGAUCGUCUGUGUGGAUAGAGCCACACGAUUGGUCAAGUCCCAGCAGAGCGCCGGUAAAGAGUAUGUGGGGAUCGUUCGGCUGCACAAUGCCAUAGAGAGUGAGCACACUCUGGCCCGGGGGUUGGAGCAGCUGACCGGUGCUCUGUUCCAGCGGCCGCCGCUGAUCGCUGCUGUCAAACGACAGCUGAGAGUCCGAACGAUCUACGACAGCAAACUGAUCGAAUACGACCCCGAGAGGAGGCUGGGUAUCUUCUGGGUGAGCUGUGAGGCAGGGACUUACAUCAGGACCCUGUGUGUCCACCUGGGUCUGAUGCUCGGGGUCGGAGGUCAGAUGCAGGAGCUCCGGAGGGUGCGGUCGGGUGUGAUGGGGGAGACGGACCACCUGGUGACGAUGCACGACGUGCUGGACGCUCAGUGGCAGCUGGAUCACAACAAAGACGAGACGUACCUGCGGAGGGUCAUCUUCCCUCUGGAGAAGCUGCUUGUGUCCCACAAACGUCUGGUGAUGAAGGACAGCGCUGUGAACGCCAUCUGUUACGGGGCGAAGAUCAUGCUGCCAGGUGUCCUCAGGUAUGAAGACGGCAUCGAGAUGAACCAGGACAUCGUUGUCAUAACCACAAAGGGCGAGGCCAUCUGUACAGCCGUGGCGCUGAUGACCACGGCGGUGAUCUCCACCUGUGACCACGGCGUUGUGGCGAAGAUAAAGAGGGUGAUCAUGGAGAGAGACACGUAUCCCCGGAAGUGGGGUCUGGGACCGAAGGCAAGUCAGAAGAAGAUGAUGAUUCAGAAAGGACUCCUCGACAAACACGGGAAACCAAACGGCAGCACGCCUGGCGACUGGAAGAGCGGUUACGUAGACUACAGCAUCUCUAAGAAGACUGAGGAAUCGGGUGACACUUCAGCAAAGAGGAAGAGAGAGGCUGCGGAUAGCGAGGGAGAGACGACUGCGCCUGGCACGCCAUCUGCAGAGGAGCUUAAAAAAGAAAAGAAAAAGAAGAAAAAAGACAAGAAGGCGAAGCUGGAGGAGGCAGAGACUGAUGGAGUGGAGGCGGAGCCAGAGGAGGCAGCAGCAGAGCCUGAGACUGAGGUUGUCGACAGUGCCAAGAAGAAGAAAAAAAAGAAGAAACAGAAAGACGAAGAGACGUCGGAGUGACGGCAAGCGACCAAUGAAUGGACAUGAAACUGACAGACUCCGCCCACAGACGCACCUGUCUGAACGCAAAGCAUUCUGGGAGUUUAACAAAAUGGACUGCAUGAGUGCAGAAAAGAGAAGAGGACGGUUUUUUAUAUAAAUUUUAUUGUUUUGUUUUUUUCUGUAAAUAAUGAACAGGAUGCUGAACAGUUUGUACUAUCAAAAUAAACGUCUUGAUUUCUGUAA